AUGCCCAUAUCGCAGGUGUGUCUGGGAGUUGUUGUGGGGAUCACAAAGCCGUCUGCUGUCACAUGGUUCUCUAGCGACCUGUUCACUGGUGCGUUGGGGUUCCUCAUGUUGUCAAUGGGUCUCACAAUGACGGUCCAAGACUUCAAGGAUUGUGCAAAAAGGCCAUUGCCUGUGAUCGCUGGAUUUUUCGCCCAGUAUUUGGUUAAGCCAAUGCUUGGUUAUGCUCUUGCUAAGGUGCUUCACCUGGGCCCAGCAUUGGCAACAGGCCUCAUCCUUGUGGCUUGCUGCCCUGGGGGACAGUCGUCCAACGUGGCCAGCUACAUCGCCAAUGGCGAUGUUGCCCUCUCUGUGCUGAUGACCACUGCCUCCACAGUGGGGUCCAUCGUGAUGACACCACUGCUGACCAAACUCCUGGUCGGCACCCUCGUCCCCGUCAAUGCCAUGGGUCUGGCAGUCUCGACUCUGCAGGUCAUCUUGCUGCCUACCCUGCUGGGCGUGAUGAUCAAUGAGAUGGCCCACAAAACGGUCAAAAAGAUUACUCCACUGCUGCCUGUCAUUGGCGUUGCCCUUACCACCGUCCUCACGGCAAGUCCUGUGGGCCAGUCAGCUUCGGUACUCAAAGUCAAUGGCCUGAGGCUUGUGCUCCCAGUUUUCCUGUUGCACGCUAUUGCCUUCCCCUUUGGCUACAUCCUGAGCAGAGCCCUCCGGUUUCCUGAACGGGAAUCCAGGACCGUUUCCAUCGAGACAGGUAUGCAAAGUUCGGCCCUUGGCUUCCUCCUGGCUCAGAGGCACUUCGCGGACCCGCUGGUGAUGGUCCCUUCUGCCGUUAGCGUCCUUUUCCAGGCUGGCCUGGGCUCCGCCCUUGCAGUCUUCUGGAGGAGCCGGCCGAUCAAGGAUGAGUCAUACCACCAGCGGUCCCCAUGGGCCGGGGAGGACGACGAGUGA